AUGGCAGAGGAAACAGGGCCUAAAUGGGAAGGGAAGACCUCAGUGGAGCUGAAAGGCGCGACAGCAGACCAAGUAUGGCCUUUCUUUGAGGACUUUUGCAAUAUUCACAAGUGGUUUCCAAAUCUUGAAACGUGUUACCAAGUCGAGGGUGAGCUAGGCAAGCCUGGCCUCUUCCGCUACUGCGCUUUCAAGCCACAACCAUCCUCCGACGGCAAAGGUGGGAACAUCAUCAACUGGGCCAAAGAGAAGCUCAUCAUGAUAAAUCCGGCUGAACGGUUUAUAAGCUACGAAGUCAUUGAAAAUAACAUGGGACAUAAUUCCUAUACGGCCACAUUCAAAGUAUUGCCAGUCAUUGGAGAUGGAGCAGGUGUUCAACAGGGGUGUAAGAUCGAAUGGUCAUUUGUUUGUGAUCCGAUUGAAGGGUGGAAAUUGCAGGAUGUCAAUUCCUUUAGGAACUCUACUCUCUAGUUUAUGGCCAACAAAAUGGAACAAGCACUCUCUGUCUCUGCCUGAAAUUUGUCUCUUGUCCACAA